GCAGCAGCGGGGAGCUCGUUACGCACACGCCUCUGACUUUAUGGGUCAGCUGCUGAGAAAAAUCAAGUUCCAUCUCCAGUCCAGCUGAAUUAAAAACUGGCUCUGACAUAGUCCUUUGCUCCUGGUAAAGAAAUGCAUUGAAUUAGUUUCCGUCUGUGAAGUUACCCGCAGUGAAAACGUGUUGUGCGCCAGGGUGUUGGCCUUUUUAACAAUUUACGCUCUAGUGAAUCCAUGUGCUGUGGCACAGUAAGUUCUUUUCAGGGGAGAAGAAAAGAGAUUGGAGAACAGCAGGUGAAGAAGAACACAGGUUCCCUGCAUCUUUGGAAACAGGAUGGCUCCACACCCUGCUAUCCAGGUCAUCAUUGACUUCACUGCUGGAGCAAUAGGUGGGACAGCGUGUGUGUUCAGUGGUCAGGCAUUUGACACCACCAAGGUGAAGAUGCAGACGUUCCCCACCAUGUACCGCGGCUUCUUCCACUGCUUCAUCUCCACCUACAGACAGGUGGGGGUCCGGGGCCUCUACAAAGGCAUGACCCCAGCCCUCAUUGCCAACAUCAGUGAGAACGCAGUGCUGUUCUUGAGUUAUGGCCUCUGCCAGGACGCUGUGCGCUUCUUGUGUGGUACGGCCAAAGGGCAGCAGCUCAGUGAUCUACAGAUGGCAGUAGCGGGGUCUUUUUCCUCCAUCUUCUCCUCCUUGGCACAGUGCCCCCCCGAGCUGGUCAAGUGUCGCUUGCAGGCCAUGCACGAAAUGGAGGCGUCUGGAAGGAUCGCAGGCGGACAGAGGAGCACCAUGUGGACAGUAGUGAAGACUGUCAUGAGGAACAAUGGUCCCCUGGGUUUCUACCAAGGACUGACUUCUACCUACGUCAGGGACAUACCAGGUUACUUCUGCUUCUUCGGGGCGUAUGAACUCUGUCGCUCUACGUUUGCGCGGCACAUGGGCACAGACAAGGAUGGGAUAGGUGUUCUUCCAGUCAUGUUCAGUGGUGGAUUUGCGGGAGCUUGUCUUUGGUUGGCGGUUUUUCCCAUCGACUGCGUGAAGUCAAGGAUCCAGGUGCACUCACUUGCUGGGAGGCAACAGGGCUUCAUGAAAACCUUCUUGGGUGUUGUACGCACCGAAGGGUUCAUGGCUCUGUACUCGGGCCUGACUCCUACCAUGAUACGCACCUUCCCUGCCAACGGAGCGCUCUUCCUGACUUACGAAUGUAGUCGAAAGUUUAUGAUGGAAACCGUCGGUGCCUGAUGUGGAGAAUAUUUCCAAAAACUAAAGACGACAGGAUGAAAGAUAGAAAACAAAGAGGGAUUCAAUAAAAAGAGAGGACGAGUCAAAUUAAUCUAACAAACACGUCAUGUCUUUAUUAAUGAUAUGAUAUGAGCUAAAAAAAUUAUAAAUGUAUUUGUGUUUCCAGUGGAGCUGUAUCAAACUGUCUUGUGCUGGCCCCAGUAAUUUUAAUAAAGUUUUAAUCUCACCAUAAUGCUUUAUAUGCAGUAUAUCUGCGAACAAGUUACUGCAUGAUCGAUUCCUUGGUUUAGCAUCAACAAUAUUUUUCAGUGAACAAACGUUUUGUCAGUCAAAUCAGAAGAAGAGAGGAGAACAUUAGCAGCCGGUUCAAUGUGUCCCGGUAAACAGCCUAACUCUGUUUAACAAACCUCAAUCAUUGUAUUAUUAUAUUUUAU